AUGAAUCCCAUUCUGCCUCCAGAUCUCACCAUCGUCCUGCUGGGAAAAACAGGAGCUGGUAAAAGUGCUUCAGGAAACACCAUCCUGGGGCGAAAGGUGUUUGAGUCGAAGCUGGCCUUUAAACCAGUGACAAAAGAAAUCUCUGAACAAGAAGGAAAUGUGUUUGGAAAACAGAUCUCAGUGUUUGACACUCCAGGAAUAUUAGACACCGAGGACACAGACGAGAUUAGAGACUUGUGUCAGGAGCUCCUGCAGUCGUCCAGACGCUGUCUGUUCCUGGUGGUGAUCAGACUUGGACGAUUCAGACCAAUGGACCUGUUGGCUGUGAAGGAGGCUCAGAGAGUCCUCGGGUAUCAGGGGAUGAAAAAGAGUUACCUGCUCUUCACUGGUGGAGAUGCUUUAAAGGGCAGGACACUGAAGGAGUUCAUCUUUUAUGAUAGAGAUGAAGGUAGGCUUCCAUACGUUGUGACAAUGUUCGGAGGGGCGUUUCACAUCUUCAACAAUGAAGAUGACAACGAAGAACAAGUCCGACAGCUGCUGCUGAAGUCAGGCCACUUCAGCCCCCUGGACCUGACUGAUCCAGCAGAUCUCACCAUCGUCCUGCUUGGACAAACAGGAGUCGGUAAAAGUGCUUCAGGAAACACCAUCCUGGGGCGAGAGGCGUUUGAGUUGAAGUUGUUCUUUAUGUCAGUGAUGAAAGAAAUCUCUGAACAAGAAGGAAAUGUGUUUGGAAAACAGAUCUCAGUGUUUGAAACUCCAGGAAUAUUAGAUUCCAACAGAGGCAGGAUUAGAGACUUGUGUCAGGAGCUCCUGCAGUCGUCCAGACGCUGUCUGUUUCUGGUGGUGAUCAGAGUUGGACGGUUCACAGACGAGGAGCUGAAGGCUGUGAAGGAGGCUCACAGAGUCCUCGGGGAUCAGGGGGUAGAAAAGAGUUACCUGCUCUUCACUGGUGGAGAUACUUUAAAGGGCACAACACUGGAGGAGUUCAUCUUUCAAGAUGGAGAUGAAGGUAUGCUUCCGGAUGUUGUUAAAAUGUUUGGAGGGGCGUUUCACCUCUUCAACAAUAAAGAAGACAACGAAGAACAAGUCAGACAGCUGCUGCUGAAGUCAGGCCACCUCAGCCUCCAGGACCAGCCUGAUCCAACAGCUGAUGUUUCCAUGAACCGGAGGGUCGUGCUGAUUGGUCUACCUGGAGCUGGAAGGAGUUCCUCAGGGAACACCAUCUUAGGGACUGAGAGGUUCAGAUCAGCUGCUGGCUUUGAACCCGUCAGUACAGAGACUGUCUCUGAGUCUGCAGUGGUGGAGGGUCGAAGGGUCACAGUGGUGGAUACUCCAGGAUUCACCAAUGAAGUUCUGACCCCAGAGCUGCUGUACCUGGAGAUCAUGAAGUCAGUAAUAACAGCCAGUCCAGGACCACACGCCUUCGUCAUCGUGAUCAAAAUUGACAGAAUCAGAGAUGUUAAACUGUUUGAUGUACUUAAAAAACUGUUCAGCAGUGAGGCUCAUAAGUACACCAUGGUCCUGUUCACUAAUGGAGACGAGUUAGAAGGCCAGACCAUUGAGGAUGUGAUCCAGUCCAACAGCGAUGUGUCAGACCUGGUCUCCAGGUGUGAUGGAAGGUUCUGUGUGUUUGAUAACAAAACACAAAGAAGCAGAGAGCAGGUCAGAAAGUUCCUGAAUCUAAUAGAUGAGAUGGUCUCAGCUAACGGUGGAGGACACUACACAGAUGAGAUGUUCAGGAUGGCCGAGACGUUCUUGAGAGAGGAAAGGAACCGGGCAGCUGCAGAAGCAGCUAAGAAAAAAGCUGAGGAAGAAGCUGCUUUCUCAGCUGCUGUUAAGAAAGAAGCUAAGAAAGAAGCUAAGAAAGCAGGAGCAGCACAGGCGGAGUACCCGGCCUUCUUGGAGUCUCCGGGUGGUGUCCUGCAGGGGAACCACCCGGAGACUCUAUAG